AAGAGAAGAGUGCUGAAGAACACGAAAACAAAAACGGCAAAAACUUUGACUGCCAGGAGAUUAUUGACCUUGAAGACAUUGACGAGGUUUUAGAAGAGGGCUGUAGCAGCAGGAAAGAGCAUGAGGAGCAGGUUUCAGAAAGGAGUCAUAGCAGCAGAGAGCUGUGUCAUGAUCUUGCACUUGAUGGGAGGAGUAACAAGAGACCGGAUUCGAAAAUGGGCAGUGAGGAUACUGAAGACUGGAGAACUGAGCCUGACUUAAACCGUGCUGCUUUUAUAUUUCGACGUUCUGCACUGCAAGAAAUGGAGAAUCAACCAGAUCUUGUGGCAAAGAUGAAUCUACUUAAAAGUCCUGAAGAGAGAGAAAGAGAAAUACUGACAUUUUACAAAAACCCUUUGACCAACUGGGCACAUCCAUUGUCUGUUGUACUUGGGGGUAAGGUUUAAUUUAGACAACUACUGUAGAUCCCUGUCAGUGAUCUACUCGCCAUUAUGUUAUAUAUUUGAUUAUCUUUGUUGCAAAUAAAAAUAUAAAGCAAUUAUAAACAAUGUGAUAGUGAGUUAUAGUGGAAUUUCAUUUCUGUAUUCCUUUUUCCUUGGUUUAAUAUUUUUAAUCUUAUACACAGGGGAUGCUGCCUUUGGAGAUGGCGUAAAACGCCAUUUUUUUUCCUUUGUUAUGUCAAGAGUGCAGUAUGGAUUUGGGCUGAAGCGUUUGAAAUAUGAAGUAUUUUUUGGCCUAUUUCAAUUUAAUGUAACAGAAGUAAAUGUUUAGGGUUGUGUAAAGUAACAUUGUGUAGAGUUGACAUUGUUUAUUUAGCAUCUGAACAUUUCUAUAGACAUUGUUUUUAUCACCCUAUAUUUUAGAAAACUGUGGUAAAACAUUGUUCUUUAAUGGACAAGAAGACCAUUUGGUGCCUUCCACUUCUCGGCUAUUACUUGAUAGUGACCUUUUCCGUGUCAUUGGACGCAUGAUUGGACAUUCCUUCCUACACGGUGGUCCCUUUCUCACUGGUUUGAGUCAGUCUUUGUUCAAUCUGCUGAUUGGACAGAAGGAUGAGGUAGCUGUUGUAGAACUAGAAGACUGCCCUGACACUGAUGUGACUGAUAUUGUUUCACUUCUUCAAGGGUCUGGUAAUCUGACAGAAGAUGAACGUGACCAAGUAAAUCAUUUGGCAAUCAGCUGGGAUCUCCCACCAGUUAAUGAGAACAACAGAAAGUGGUUGGCACAAAGUAUCCUUUACCAUGCAGUCAUUGUUCGACGGGAGAAGCAAAUUCGUCAGAUCAGACAGGGGUUAAAAGACACAGGAGUCUUGUGUAUGAUAAAAGAACGGCGUGAUCUGAUUGAUGUUCUUUUUCCAAGAUCAUCAGCGAAAAGGAUCACUUCAGAGAUGAUCCUCGACAGAACUAUAUGGCCAAGAGUUGACAGUGAUGAUGAAGAGUAUGGUGACUAUACUCUGGAGGACACAUGCAAAAUGACUGGUUUUUUUCGAGAGUACAUCGAAAAGGGCACACCAGAAGAGCUGAUACAACUCAUUCAGUUCUGGGUGGGUUGGGGUGUUCUUCCUCAGAAUCUAUAUGUAGAGGUGUCCUCUGAUGUUGCAAUGCCAACUGCAUCCACUUGCAGAGAAACAAUCAAGCUCCCAGUGAAAUACAGCACUUAUGAGAGUUUCCAGAAGGACCUGAAAGCUGCUGUAUCAUCCACAGACAGUGGGUUUGGUUUGGUGUAAUUACUGUUCAGUGAACAAACAUGUGACUUCAAAUCAAUUCUAAAGUUCAAGUUAAACUACAUACAGGUCACAGUUUAAACCGCAUGUUAUCUACAAGCAGGAUUUUGGACCGUAUAUUGACACAUUCAGGUUAUAGAAAUGUUAUCAGAAUGUGUUUAGAGAUUACAGUGGUUCUGUUUUAAACUGUAAUCACAUAUUUUUUGUUUAUUAAAAAUGUCAGUGCAUGACCAGUUAUGUAUCAACAAACCACAUAUAUGACACUUGAAAAUUAAAUAUAAAUGUGUUAAUUGACAUUAAGGACUACAUCCCUAAAAUAUUGGGUGUCAUUUUUCUUUACAGAAACAUUGCAAAACUCAUCGACAGCAGAAAUUAGACAGAGAAAACUGCCAAUACAUUUGAAGUGAAACAUUUUAUAUACAUGCUAACAAAAGUCUGUUUCAUUACAUAAAUUAUAACAUUUACAAUAAUUGAUGUGAUGGUAAUCUGUAAAGGUAAAACUAUGUGCUUGUUUUCAUCCAAACCUCACAGGGAAUCCCGAAGCAGAUGAGUGGGAACCACUUUGGGAUUAUCAUACUAAUGAAUGAUGCCUCUGAUUAGUAGGUGGUGGUGUUCUGUUCUCCUGGACAAUCACUCAACCACUGAGGGGGGUCUUCACUAUUCAAAAGGCAAUGUCUUCAGGCAGAGUCCAGUGAAGCAGGUGACUCUGCGUAUUUGACACUUUCUCUGGGAUGCAGAUGGUUUAUGGAUGUGGUCACUCAAGAUGUUUUUCAGAAAGCAGUGCAACACUUUAAAUGGCCAGACGACUUUAAGGUGUGGCCAUCUGGAAGAAUUUCAGUCCUGUCUACUAGACAGAGUUUAGAUUGUGUACAGCGUCAGGGAAUGCUUGCAGUGCAGAGCCCUUUUCAAGUCAUACCCACCAGGGUUUAGGGGAAGAGGCCGACGUGGUGAACUUCUGGGCUUUUACUGAAAUGUUUGCACAGGAUUUUGCUUCCAGGACUGUUUUUUUUGUGGCAGAAAACUCAUUGGUGUGUUAAGCGUGAAUGAACUGAGAUCAACUGGUUUUGAUGUAUGAAUUAAUAAUUUAAAGUUAAACUUUGCAGUGUAUAGUGUUCUAAUAAAAAAGCUAUGGCAAACACG